UAGCCAGGGUGACAUUUGGGAUAGGAAAGCGAAGGCAUGGUUGUGCUUAAGUUGUGAGACGCCACGUCUUUUUAGUUCGUGUAGAGGUUUUUGAUAUUUAUUCCUAAGUGUAUAGAUUAAAGAGCGAAAUGGCGGCGUGGAGCUGUCGGUUUCUUCUUCAGCGGGGGACUCAAUUCGUUUCUCUCCGAGCAGCAGCUGAAAGUCCUGCCCAUUUGGUGGGUUGUAUUAGGACAGUAAAGACCACAACGUGGUUUGAGGAACACCUCACAGAGGAUAACCAGGAGUACAUGAGGAAGAGCAUGGCAGAGGAAUACAGAAGGCAAACAGCUGAAAAGCUCAACCCACUGAAAGAUGAGCCCUGGCAGCGGCAUGAGUGGACAGAGGGUAGUCGAAGAGUUGGGUUAAUAGCCGUGAAGCUGGGCAUGGCCCCUAUCUGGACAAAAACAGGAGAGAGACAUGUAGUCACCAUGUUACAGGUGCAGGACUGCCACGUAAUAAAGCACAUGGCCAAGGAAGAAUUUGAUGGAAACACCGCCGCCCUUGUGGUAGGAGGGAAAAACGUAUCACCAUUCUAUAGGUCGGAAAAGCAAAUGGAGAUGUUCAGGAAUGCGGGAGUUCCUCCGAAACAGAAAAUGACCACAUUUAAAGUCAGCGACAACGCCGUCAUCAAGCCAGGCACUCCCCUGUAUGCAGCACAUUUCCGUCCGGGCCAAUAUGUGGACGUCACAGGCAAAUCCAUUGGUAAGGGCUUUCAAGGCGUAAUGAAGAGAUGGGGGUUCAAAGGUCAGCCGGCAAGUCACGGUCAAACCAAAACUCAUCGCAGACCUGGAGCGUCUGGACCAGGAGGGGAUCCAGCCAAAGUUUUCAAAGGGAAAAAGAUGCCCGGCAUGAUGGGCAACAUCUUCAUCACAGCUUAUGGACUGAAGAUAUGGAGAGUCAAUACCAAGUAUAAUGUGCUGUAUGUUCACGGCUCUGUCCCCGGCCACAGGAACUGCUUACUGAAGGUAAGAGAUACCGUACUGCCAUCCAAGAGCUCCACCCUGCUCAACCCUCCUUUCCCUACCUAUUUCGAAGAGGAGCACAACCUGGAUGAAGACCUGUACGACGACAACUUGUUCAUUCACACAGAGCCGUCAUUAUCACUGACCUGACAAAACACACACACACACACACACACACACACACACACACACACACACACACACACACACACACACACACACACACACACUCAGGCGCUAAACACAUCUUUUCACCUAAGCCCACAAACUAUGUCUGGAUCCUCUAAUAAACUGUAAUUCCAUUGAAUGUC